UACAUUGUAGCAGCCGCAACACAGGCAACGGGUGGCGAGCUGUUGUUGCAGUGAUACAAAUGUCUCUGCUUUCAAAACCAUGAAGGCAUGAACAUAAGAUUACGCGUCUCCACAACAACACUAUAAAAUCAUUAUUUUACCGAAUCGAGAGAACUGUGAGAAUGCGAGGUGUAUCAAGUAUAGGCUAUUGCUACCAACCAACGAAUACUGCGGACACGACGUUAUUGUACUGGCGGCUUGCAACGAGAGCCGUGCACCUCUAGAAAUCCAUUCCGCGCUAUUCUGCAGUAAAAUGCCCGUCUUUUAUUUUGCGUAUAUCCUCGUUGGAGAAUUGCAUUUUUAUACACUGAGUGGCUAAACGAUUGGCUGUAUCUUCUCUGCACUUACAUGUGAAAAGCAUUAUUCUCUUUUAAGGACACUCGAAGGACGUCUUUAUGACUGGAUUUCUUCUCGCGUCCUCCACAUUUUUUGAUUGCAUUGUGUUUACAUAAGUCUGGCCAGUAACGCCUCGCUAGUGGCUACAGUUACAGUUUUCAAAAACACAAUGGAAGUGUUAUUCAAACAAUUGAGGCUAUGUUUAUUUUCACACUGACAAAGUGGUAUAGCUGAUCAAAUUCUGGAGGAUGCACGUCCAGAAAAUGAAACUUAUUUUUGAAAGUAUUUAAGAAUUUUUGUUUUGUACUGCAAUGUAUUGUACAGAAAUUGACAUUUUCUGACAGCAUUACAUCAUCACUGUGCCAAAGGAUCAGGAACAAGCACGGAGCACGUCUUUAACCCCAUUUAUCAGCUGUCCCUGAAUUCUUUGUAUUGUUUUGCAAGGUGCACUAUUUACAGAUGCAUCUCGGACUUGAUGAGCCGGUGCGAGAAUGUCAGUAUAAUCCGAUCUGCACGCGCAACUCAUCGUCUAUGGAGACCUCGGGGCACAAAAAGAAGAGGACUCCCCGCAGGAAGUGGCAGAUCUUCCCUGGCCGAAAUAGAUUCUACUGUAAUGGAAGGGUCAUGAUGGCGAGACAGACCGGGGUCUUCUACCUAACCCUGAUCCUCAUCAUGGUCACCAGCGGGCUUUUCUUCGCAUUCGACUGCCCGUUCCUGGCGUCCAACCUGACCCCGGCCAUCCCGGUGGUCGGAGGGGUGCUGUUUAUCUUUGUUCUGGGGAUGCUGUUCAGAGCCAGCUUCAGUGACCCGGGAGUCCUGCCCCGUGCCACACCCGACGAGGCUGCCGACCUGGAGAGACAGAUUGACGCCUGUAAUGGCCCCAGUGGUCCAGGGUACAGGCCGCCCCCGAGGAUCAGAGAAGUGGUCAUCAAUGGGCAGACGGUCAAGCUUAAGUACUGCUUCACCUGCAAGAUCUUCAGGCCCCCACGGGCCUCGCACUGCAGCCUGUGUGACAACUGUGUAGAGCGUUUUGACCACCACUGUCCCUGGGUGGGGAACUGUGUUGGGAAGAGGAACUACCGUUUCUUCUACCUCUUCAUCCUGUCCCUCUCCUUCCUCACCGUCUUCAUCUUCGCCUUCGUUAUUACACACGUCAUCCUGAGAUCCAACCGGACAGGCUUCCUCAGCGCACUCAAAGACAGCCCUGCCAGUGUGCUGGAGGUGCUGGUGUGUUUCUUCUCGGUGUGGUCCAUUAUGGGCCUGUCGGGCUUCCACACCUACCUCAUCAGCUCCAAUCAGACCACCAACGAGGACAUUAAAGGCUCGUGGUCGACCAAACGGGCGAAGGACAACUACAACCCCUACAGCUACGGGAACAUCCUGACCAACUGCUGUGCUGCCCUUUGUGGUCCUCUUCCACCCAGUCUUAUUGACAGAAGAGGCUUCAUCCAGCCAGACACACCCCAGCCUGUGUCACACUCCAACGGGAGCAGCAUGUACAACUCCACCCAGCUUCAAUCUCACAUGUGUGACCAAGAGCACUGCAUUCAGAGCACCAAAUUCGUUUUGCAGGCUGCCGCUACCCCUCUGCUCCACAGCGACCCUGUCAUGAUGGGUGGAGAGGGACCCACUCUCCCUGGGAAGAGUUCCCUGGGGGGCCCCUGUGCCUCACUGACCCCCAGCCAGCCUUCCCUGCCCUCCUCCAUGCCCGGCCUGGGCUGUGCGGGGGACAUGCUGACCCUGAGGGACCCAGACACCCACUGCCACCACCAUCACUUUGUCAGCCCUGAGGAGACGCCCUCGCCCGGCCCCAUGCCUCUGACUCUGCCCUGCCCCGCCCACAUGACCCACGGGGGACACAUGAACCCGGCCCAGCUCUACGACCCUGCCAGCCAGGACUCUCUGCACGAGGACUCUGUCAGGGGCCUGGUCAAACUCAGCUCUGUCUGAGACUCUCCCCCUGGCUUUUUGGAAUCACUACUCAGACUCUGUCAGCGUGCCAAAUGAUACCCUAUUCAAUAUGUAGCACUACUUUUAAAAAGUAGUGCACUAUAUAGGGAAUAGCGUGCCAUUUAGGACGCUACCCCAGCCCCCCCGCUCCACACUGCCGGCUCAGUACCAAAGCCAUAAUUCCUGUUCCCCUAACAUUCCAUCCCAGCCCUCCCUCCCUCCUUCCCAUCCAGAUUUGUGCCCCCCACCUGUUGAGAUAAGCUAUUCUAGUGCCAAACAAACAGAGCCUCAGUCUGUCUCCACUGCACUUGACCGGGACCAAAAUCAAGCUUCUGAAUCCCCCUUCCUCUUCACAGUAGUAUACCUAGUGCCCUACCAGGAGUCUACCAGGCCUCGAUACAGGUCCAGGCUUCUGCCCAAGGCUCACGACUUGUGCUCUUUUGGGGGAAACCAUCUACCUGGACCAGGCGGUCAUUGUCCGGAAAUGAAACUGACUCGCUCUCCUCUCGUCAGCCAAACCGACGUACCAAGGCAGUUGCCAUUUUGGUUUGCUGACAUCCAAGGACACGCACAGCGGGACAAGGUCUUUUGAUUAGCUGGAAAGACAUGAAUCAGGUCUAAAUAUAGGACUUGUUUAUAGUUUGAUAUCUGUGUCAUGUGUCCCGAGUCAAGUGACACUCUUUUAUACAAUAGUAAUGGAAACAGCCAAGCAGUGUUGGCCCUGAACACAGAAGAUGUCACUUCCUGUUUCAGAUUGUGUCAACACUGUAUGUGUUGAUUGGUAGUGUUCAUCAGUCCGUUCCGGUGUCGGUGUGACGCUAGCCGCAUUACCUUUUUGUUUCGUUCAAAUGUGAUGCCAAAACAUCAUGCCUGCAUCCCAAAUAGCACCCUCUCUAUUUAGUGCACUACUUUUUACCAGGGCCAAAAGGACACUGGCAAAAGUAAUGCACUAUAUAGGCAAUAGGGUUCCAUUUGGGACAGAGAUAAUAAGUAAUGUGAUGAUUGUACCAAGAAAUUCUCAUUUACUUAUAUAUAUAUUUUUUUUACCCCUUUUUCUCCCCAAUUUCGUGGUAUCCAAUUUUUUUUUUUUAAAUGUAGUAGCUACUAUCUUGUCUCAUCGCUACAACUCCCGUACGGGCUCGGGAGAGACGAAGGUUGAAAGUCAUGCGUCCUCCGAUACACAACCCAACCAGGCCACACUGCUUCUUAACACAGCGCGCAUCCAACCCGGUAGCCAGCCGCACCAAUGUGUCAGAGGAAACACUGUGCACCUGGCAACCUUGGUUAGCACGCACUGCGCCCGGCCCGCCACAGGAGUUGCUGGUGCGCGAUGAGACAAGGAUAUCCCUACCGGCCAAGCCCUCCCUAACCCGGACGACGCUAGGCCAAUUGUGUGUCGCCCCACGGACCUCCCGGUCGCGGCCGGUUACGACAGAGCCUGGGCGUGAACCCAGGGUCUCUGGUGGCACUGCGCCACCCGGGAGGCCUCAUUUACUUAUUUUUAAUGAAGACAUUUGCAUAUUUGUAUGUACAAGAGUGGAUUUCAUUUAUUCAACCAGCCUGUGCAGUCACUUUUUACCAGGGCCAAAAGGACUUUGGCAAAAGUUAUGCACUAUAUAGGGAAAAGGGUGCCAUUUGGGACAGAGAUAAUAAGUAAUGUGAUGAUUGUACCAAGAAAUUCUCAUUUACUUAAUUUUAAUGAAUAAAUUUGCAUAUUUUUA